CCCUUAUUCCUCCCGCAAUCGAUAAUCAAUUAAAAUUCCAAAACCUAAAGUCCCAAAAUCGAGUGAGAGAGAAAGAGAGAUGGCCAUGGAGGCUGAAGUACCCGGAAUAGGCGACGUUGGGUGUUAUGCGGAGAGGCAGUGCCCGCGUUGUUGCAAGAGGAAGAGGAAGCCGCAACCUAGUUUAGUUACUCCAGGAGCGUUGCAAGUUUUACCUCAAGAAGAAGAAAAGGAACGGGCUUUUGCAAGGAGGUUCAUUACGUUCUGUUUGUCCAAGGUAUCUAAGGAAACUGCACAAUAUAUGGAUUCUGUCAAUGCAUGUGACCCUUCUAAAGUUGCUGCUCAAGUGGAGUCCGUGCUGUUUGAAAACUGGGGUUUCAAUGAUCAGUCGCUGGAAUCGACUAGAAAGUAUUCUACUCUAUUUUCUUUCCUCCAUACUCCUGGGAUAAAAGAUUUCCGCAGACAGGUUCUUCUCGGCCAGAUCUCCCCAGAACAGUUGGUGCACAUGUCUAAAGAUGAACUGCAUCGGAAGUACUCGCUGGACGACCUUUGCGAGAAUUGCUGCCAAUUUACUAAGGAGCCGCUGGGGACUAAGCUUCUCAUGCAGAAGGAGCACCUUCCACUUGGGUUGGAACCUCGUGGUACUUCAGUAUCGGAAGUUUUACCCCAAGAAGAAGAAAAGGAACGGUCUUUUGCAAGGAGGUUCAUUACGUUCUGUUUGUCCAAGGUAUCUAAGGAAACUGAUGAAAAAUAUAUGGAUUCUGUCAAUGCAUGUGACCCUUCUAAAGUUGCUGCUCAACUGGAGGCCGUGCUGUUUGAAAAAUGGGGUUUCAAUGAUCAGACGCUGCUAUCGACCAAAAAAUAUUCAGCUGUGUUUUCUUGCCUCCAUAAUUCUGCGAUCAAAGACUUCCGUAGGCAAGUUCUUCUGGGAGAGAUCUCCCCAAAACAGUUGGUCAGCAUGUCUCCAGAUGAGGUUUAUGAGAUGUGCAAGCCGCGUAGUGAUGAUACUCAGAGAUGCAUUACUCGUUUCCAUUGAUUUCAAGCUCUGGCCAUUUUGUAGUUGGAUCGGUUGACAAGCGAA